AUGCAUCCAGUGAAAGGUGAAAUCCAUGAGAAGAAGGUCAUGCUGAGCGUCUGGUGGGGAGUUCAUGGAAUCUACCGUUACGAACUGCUGCCGGACAACACGACAGUCACUUCCGAGGUCUACUGCGCUCAACUGCAAAGACUGGCCAACAAAAUCCGCAAUGAGCACCCGAAGCUCGUCAAUGUUCGCGAAAAUUCUGGAGCUUGGAUAGGAAAUUCUACCGCACCCACCGUACAGCCCGGAUCUGGCCCCCAGCGAUUACCACCUCUUUCGAUCGCUUCAGCAUCACCUGGAUGCGAAACGCUACGAUGA